UCAGUCGUGUCCUUGAUGCGCUAGCAGAGAUGGGCUACUGGGAUCUAGAAGAGGGCAAAGACUGCGUUGCCAAAACAUGGGUCACCACGAAAGUGGCCACCGUUGUAGGACUGGUCGCUACUGCCUACCGUAUGGUGUUAUUUAAACCUGAACCCCCUCUUCAAGCUUUGACCUCAGCAGCAUCACUCACUGGCACCAUGGCUGCCAUGGGUGCCAUCUUUGGUAUGACCACUUGUAUAAGUGCACAGAUCAGAGAUGAACCUGACAGCCCAGCUAACUAUUUCAUUGGUGGAUGUGCUUCAGGUGUAUUCCUUGGUGCACGGACACACAGUCCUAUGACAGGUACUAUGGCUUGUGUUGGUCUGGGAACUGUGGCAAUGCUAACAAAAGUUGGAAAAAUGGAAGGCUGGAAACUCACAGGAUCCCCAAAGCUGUGAACUGAGAUGUACCCUAGUACUUGAUUUGUUUAUAUUGUAUACUGCUCAAAUAAAUGUAUUAAGAAAAAAA